GGUCAAGCAAACUUAAUUUAGUGUCUGCGAUAAAUAGACCUGUUCCGCCGAAUUGUUAUUGAUAUUGAUUUGAAAUUCUCUAUUCAUUACAACCAAAUUGUCGUAAUAUUUCUUUUAUUACAAAUUUAUCAAAUUUGACUUUGAAAAUUACAAAUCAAUGUUAUCAAAAAAUAAUCACUGCUUUCAAAUGUGAACACCAGUUUUACGAGCAUUUUAUUUUUGUCAAAUGCCCAAUUAAUAUCUACUUGGUAUUUGGAAUAUUAUAUUACAGUCUAAAUAAGUGAUUGUUUAACUCUUAAAAAUAUUGGUGUCUUCUAAGGAUUUCUUUAAACAAGCCUUAACCAAAUUAGGAAUGAAGGACACCAAAAAGCCUCAUCCCAAAGAUGGGGCGGGAUUUUUUUCCAUUAUCACAUACGCGUUUAUUCUACCUUUGAUUGGAAAAGCCUUUAGAAGAGACCUUAGGCAAAAAGAUAUGUACGAAGUGCCAAAGUUUCUCGAGGCCAAAAAAUGUGGAGACGAACUGGAAAAAGCGAUCAAACUAAAAAUGGAUAAAGGAAAUAAAUUUUCCAUAUUUUGGGUCAUUAUAAGUAAAUAUAAAUUCCAACUUAUGCUUGUGAUAUUCCCUUAUAUGAUCGGUAAAUUUAUAAGAAGCAUCUAUCAGCCAGUACUAAUCAGUAGGUUUAUAUCCUACUUUAAGGAAAACCAAACGCAUAUGUCCUUGGAAGAUGUGGUGUACACCAACAUGGGACUUAUGGUUAUGGACUUUACAUAUUACACCAUAUUUGCGCUAUAUUUAUUGAUGUGCGCAAAUUUUACCGUUAAAAUGAAAGUGGCCGUUUCAUCUGUGAUAUUUAAAAAAGUUCUAAAACUCCAAAAUGCAGCUUUGACUAGAAUGAGCGUUGGAAAUAUUGUUUCAUUGAUGACCAAGGAUGUUUCGGUUUUGGAGAAUGGUUUUAGAUCACUUUGCGACUAUAUUAUUUCCACUGUUCAGUUGGUAACCACCUGUGCUGUCUUAUUUAUUAAAACAGGACCUAUAUCGUUUUUUGGCAUAUUUUUUAUGUUAAUUAUAAUGGGCCUUCAAGUAUUAAUUGGAAAAUACAUCACCUACGUCAGAGUCUUGAUUAACGAAAAAACUGCAGAUAGGAUAAAAGCAACUAAAGAGGCUUUGGCUUCCUUAAAAGUGAUAAAAAUGCUUUCAUGGGAAAAAUUUUUCCUUAAAAAAAUAUAUUUGCUGAGACGCUCAGAAGUAAGCUGUAUGUUAAAAGACGCUUACGCAAAAUCAAUUAUACAAAUUUUGGGUUCACUAUGCCCGGAUAUAAUGACGUACAUUUUUAUAAUUUCUUUCAUCAUAAUGGGUAUUCCCCUGGAUGUGGAGCUUGUCUUUUACAUCAUCAACUGCGUUAGGUCGCUCAAAAUGAGUAUAAUUUAUUUGAUUCCGCAAUGCCUGGGACUUUUGGCCGACUUUCGAGGUAGUUUAAAGCGAAUCGACGAAAUUUUACACGAAAAGGAUUGGGAAGAAAGGAACGACCAAUUUGUAGACAAGCCUAAAGUUUUGAUGAAGAGUUUAAGCGUCAAAAUCGGAAACAAUUAUAUUUUAUCAAAUGUUUCAAUUAAUUUGGAGAAGGGAGUUACUUGUAUAAUAGGUAAUAAUGGUUCAGGAAAAACCACGCUGCUUCUCUCAAUCCUCAGAGAAUACCCACACAAGGGCCACUUGAUAACGAAAGGGAGGAUCUCCUACGCCAGUCAAGAGCCCUGGUUGUACCCUUGCACAGUGAAAGAGAACAUCAUAUUCGGCGAAGAGUUCGACAAAAAGCGCUACCAGAACGUGAUAAACAUGUGCGGGCUGAAGGACGAUCUGAACAACUUUCAACACGGUGAAGACACCAACGUCAUCAACGGCGGUCUGAAUUUCAGCAAGGGCCAGCAGAGCAGAAUCAACUUGGCCAGGGCUGUGUACAGAGACAGCGAGAUUUAUCUGCUCGACGAUUGCCUGUCCUCUUUGGACAAUUCGGUGCAAAACGGAAUCGUCAACAACCUGUUGAGCUUUUUUAGCGACAAGAUUUGCCUUAUCGUGACCAACAAUAGCAAUCUCAUCGCGCGAGCCCAUCAGGUCUUAAUUGUGGACAACAAAGAAGUACAACGCCACCAUCCAGAUAAACUUAACAUGGAAAAUAUAAAAGACACGGUGUUGACUAAAGAAAAGGAUAAUUUGAUGAUCAAUGAGGAUGAAGAUUACAAGGAAAUAAUAGACGAAAAAAUGGAAUUGUUGCAAAAUAAUAAGCAACAAGAAGAAGAAACCCAAAAAGAAGGAAACGUCCCGUUCCGUUACUACUUGCAAUAUUUAAAAUAUGGAAGGGGUUAUUUUGUUUUUAUAUCCAUAGUAAUACUAUUUAUUUUAUCUCAAUAUGCUGAAAGUUAUACAACAAAAACCUUAACAAGAUGGGUUGACAUUGAACAAACAGUUCUUAAAGAAAACACUACAAACAAUACAAACGCAUCCGAAGAGUCUACAAAAACCGUACAGUUAUACAGUGGUUAUCUAUUUUUAACCAUAUUCCUAACAAUAUUGAAAAUAUUCAUUUUCUACGAUUUCACCAAAGCGGCAUGUAUUAGAAUUAACAAAAUAAUGACUCUUAAAAUACUGCACAGCCCUCUAAAAUUUAUCGAUACGCAGUUGUUUGGGAAUAUUUUAAAUAGAUUUUCUCAGGAUCUUAACAAUAUGGAUGAAGUGUUCCCUCCCCAAUUAAUGAACUUAAUAAGGCUUGUCCUUUCUCUAGCUUCAAAUAUAAUCCUAGUUGGUAUGGUCAACACCCUGUUAUUAAUACCACUAAUAGUUUUAAUGAUUCUAAUGGUGUUAAUGAGAAAAUUUUACAUACCCGCAGCAAGAAGUCUGAAAAGGUUGGAAACAUCAUCACGAAGUCCAUUCAUAGGCCACAUAAAUUCGACAAUAGAUGGUUUAAGGACGAUAAGGGCACACAAUCUUCAGAACUUACAAAACGAAAUUUUUGAGAGUUGUCACAACAACUACGCGUCGAGUUAUUACAGUUUCCAAAUGGUAUUUGUAGCAUAUUGCUUUUACGCCAACAUGAUCUGUCUUUCUUUAGUAUUCCUCGUUUUGUGGUCGUUUAUAUUCAUCAUAACAGGUAUUUCCGUUGGAAACGUUGGUCUGACAAUAAUCCAACUAUUCUCAAUAAGUUUAUCAAUAACCAUGGUAUUCAGACAAGUCACAGAGGUUGAAACAAGCAUGACUUCGUUCGAGAGAAUAGCAGAAUAUACAGAGCAAAAACAAGAAUAUCAGGACGGCAUCGUAAACGAAAAUUGGCCUAAAAGAAACUGCAUCGAUUUUCACAACGUCAGUAUGUCUUAUAACGAUAGAAAAGUGCUCAAUAACGUUAAUCUAACGAUUGAAUCCAACCAGAAGAUCGGAAUAAUAGGGAGAACCGGGUCUGGAAAGUCUUCGUUGAUAUCUCUAUUGAUGAGGCUCUACGACUACGAAGGUACAAUCACAAUUGACCAUGUAGACAUUAAAACCAUUGCAUUGGAGCAUCUUCGAAGGAACAUAGACGUUGUUCCGCAAGAUCCGAUUCUAUACUCGGAUACAAUACGAAAUAACUUGGACCCCUUGUCCCAGUACGCAGACAAGGAAAUCUGGUUUGUUGUCGACAAAUUAGGCAUCAAACAUUUGAUACCGAAUUUGUACGAAAAAAUCGACUCUACGAAGUACAGUGCCGGUCAAAAGCAGGUAAUUUGUUUGGCCAGAGCCAUGUUGAGGAAAAGCAAAAUACUUAUUAUGGACGAAGCUACCGCUCACGUCGAUUUUGAGAUGGAGAAAUUUAUGAAAAACAUGAUUAGUCAACAUUUUUCGGAACACACAAUUAUUAGUAUAUCACAUAAAAUUUACAGUAUUAGUGGAUAUGAUAAAAUAUUUUUGAUCGAAAAUGGAAAUAUUGUCGAAUAUAAGGAGUAAUAUGAGCAAAUUUGUUCAAAUUAAAUAUAUUUAUUUACAGUUUUGUUAUGCUGUAUCAUUUAAAUUUAAAUGUGUACAACCAUUACUAUAUUAGUAUAGGUCCUACUUAUAAGUUUAUAAUAUAUUAUUUUU